AUGCCUCUUCCACCGCCCCCGCCCCCAGCACCUGCUUUGAGCAACGCCCUUUCUUCCCCAAGCGCAGUCGCUAGUCAAGGAUGCGCUACUCUAAAGGACCGUUCCGCGUUACUGGCUGAAAUCCGGAAAGCUGGAGGCGGCGGCAUUAAACUGAGACCCACGAAGACGGUCGACAAGAGCGUUCCGCUGUUCGGCAGUCCAGGUUUAAAAUCUGGUAACUGCCCCGCAUCAACAGUCAGCCCUGCACCGAUUUCUACGCCAAGGCCGAAGUUGAAUUUCGCUGACGAACUGAACCAGACGCUGAGCGGCGGGCACGAUCGUAUAGCAAAGAAACACGGUGCACAGACGCUGAAGCCGUCCUCAUCACCCAGUAGAACACCGAUCGGCGUCGGUAGCGGUGGCAGUGCUACUCUGCGUCCUGCUCGACACAAUGGAGGCAGUACGCCGAUGCGACCUAAAUACCAGGACGAUAGCGGUGUUACAGGUGUGCCCUUUAGAGGUCGACCUCGUAACGACGACAGCAGACAGCCGGUAGGUCGACCACUUCCGGCCCUGCCCUCUAAGCCACCUCCUCUACCGAAGAAGACAGUACCCACGUCGAACAGUGGGUCGCCGCGACCUGUGCCACGUCCCGCAUCGGCCAAACUGCAUCCGUCAGAGCCUUCUCACGGGAUCUCUGCGGAACACGGCGAAUCCAGCGUUUCGGUGAAGGCGUUGACCGAAAAAUGGCAGGACACGACGGCAAGCGCCUCCGCAUCUUCACUGAGCUCCGCAGUCGCAGCUGAGCCACACGGUCGUUUGAGACAUGGAGCAAAGUCUACCGGAAAUUUGCAAGCGACCGGGCUCGACGAGUCUACGCUGGUGCACGGCAAGUCAGAAGAAAACGGUAGGCAGCGAUCCUCUGUCGUUCGUCCGACGACUGACACGAUCAAACCGCGACCACCUCUCCCACGCAAGCCUCCUAGCGAAAAACCGACCAUGCAGCAUAGGAAAGACAUGGUUCAAAAGUUCAGGACAUUGAAACCACAGCAAAGUGCUCUGGCCAGGCCCGUCAUCCUCAAGUCGACCAGCAACGAGGAGUUAGCUGAGCCACAGAACGUGCUAGUCAAAAACAAGCUAAGCGGAACCGAAAACAGAUCGGUGGUACAUCGGCAGCUUCCUCACCCGCCUCUUCCUCCAUCGGUCAUGCAGCGACCAGACUUCGCGCCUCCUCCGCCUCCACCACAGGCGUCAAACAAGCCACCGCCAUUCUCAGAGUUGCCUGCUCGACAGAUUCAUGUCCCGAACAAAUCCUCCUCCACUAGUCCCCACCCAACCCUUGCCACCGCCGCCACCCCAACUGACGCCGCCGCUGACCGACACAGCACCAGUAGUGACUCCCGUUUGCCACCACCGCCGGUGCAAGCUUUUCUGGUGAACGCGAAGUGGUAUGGUGACCAACCGAAUAAUAACCACGUGGAUGCGACGCCUCCUGCUCCGCCUCCUAGGACGGACGUGGCAGCAUCAGACGACAUGGAAAGAAAUUUUACCUUCAGAAGUAUCAGGGAUCUACCUCUUCCGCCUCGAUUCAUGAACUUGCGGAAAAAGAACGAUCUCCUGAAGAACUAA